CUGGCAUCCUAUCCUUUCCUUUUCUUACAAUACUCAGAAGUACAAAAUACAAACUGAGUUUGAACAUGGAGUGCACGCACCGCGUGGCUAUUCCACCCCCGCAACCGUUUGUGAAGUCACUCAAGUGCUCUCUCAAAGAGACUUUCUUUCCUGAUGACCCAUUAAGGCAGUUCAAGAACCAGCCACCAUCGAGGAAACUCGUGCUAGGACUGCACUACUUCUUCCCAAUCCUCCAAUGGGCACCUCGCUAUACUUUUGAGUUCCUGAAAUCUGAUCUUGUUUCUGGGAUCACCGUUGCUAGUUUGGCAAUCCCUCAGGGGAUCAGUUAUGCAAAGCUUGCCAAUUUGCCUCCUAUUCUUGGCCUGUAUUCGAGCUUUGUUCCACCAUUGGCUUAUGCGAUGAUGGGCAGCUCCAGAGACUUGGCUGUGGGGACUGUAGCUGUUCCAUCGCUUCUUUUGGCUUCAAUGUUGGGGAAUGAAGUUAAUGCUAAUGAGAAUCCUAAGCUCUAUCUUCACCUUGCUUUCACGGCGACAUUCUUCGCCGGUGUUUUCCAAGCCUCUUUAGGCUUAUUAAGGCUAGGGUUUAUCGUGGAUUUUCUAUCGCAUGCAACCAUAGUAGGGUUCAUGGCAGGAGCAGCCACUGUGGUGUGCCUGCAACAGCUAAAAGAAAUCCUUGGCCUGGAUCAAUUCACGCAUGCAACGGAUCUUGUCUCAGUGUUGCGUUCUGUCUUCAGCCAGACACAUGAGUGGAGAUGGGAAAGCGGUGUUCUGGGAUGUUGUUCCCUUUUCUUUCUCAUCAGCACCAGAUACUUCAGUAAGAGAAAGCCCAACUUCUUUUGGAUAUCAGCGAUAGCACCGUUGACGUCUGUCGUUUUGGGAAGCCUUCUCGUUUAUCUAAUCCAUGCUGAGAAACAUGGUGUUCAAGUGGUAGGAGAGUUGAAGAAGGGGCUGAAUCCAGUGUCGUUGGGGGAUCUAGAAUUUUUCUCUCCUUAUCUCAAAGCAACUAUUAAAACCGGCAUCAUCACUGGUGUCAUUGGUUUCGCUGAAGGAAUAGCAGUAGGAAGAAGCUUUGCAAUGUUCAAGAAUUACCAUAUUGAUGGCAACAAAGAGAUGAUUGCUUUUGGAAUGAUGAAUAUUGCUGGUUCAUGCACCUCUUGCUACCUCACCACAGGUCCAUUUUCAAGAGCAGCAGUAAACUACAGCGCAGGAUGCAAGACAGCAUUAUCAAACAUUGUGAUGGCAAUUGCUGUCAUGUUUACAUUGUUAUUCCUAACUCCUUUAUUCCACUACACUCCCCUUGUUGUGUUGGCAGCCAUAAUCAUAUCCGCAAUGCUCUGUCUAAUAGAUUACGAAGCAGCCAUUCAUCUAUGGCAGGUUGACAAAUUUGACUUUGUAGUGUGCAUCAGUGCAUACAUUGGAGUGGUUUUCGGCAGCGUCGAGAUUGGGCUAGUUAUAGCGAUGGCGAUAUCUUUGCUUAGGGUACUUUUAUUCAUUGCCAGACCAAGGACCAUGGUGCUUGGAAACCUUCCAAAUUCCACAAUUUUCAGAAAUGCUGAACAAUAUCCAAAUGCUAGCAAUGUUCCUGGAGUUCUUAUACUCCAAAUUGAUGCUCCCAUUUACUUUGUCAAUGCAAGCUACUUGAGAGAGAGGAUUGCAAGGUGGAUCGAUGAAGAGGAAGAUAGAAUUAAAUCUUCGGGGGAGACCUGCUUACAGUAUGUAAUAAUGGUUAUGAGUGCUGUUGGUAACAUUGAUACUAGUGGAAUUAGCAUGCUUGAAGAGAUCAAAAAGGCUAUUGAUAGAAGAGGGCUUAAGCUUGUAUUGGCCAAUCCUGGAGGCGAGGUGAUGAAGAAGUUGCACAAAUCCAAGUUUGUUGAAAACAUGGGUCAAGAAUGUAUCUACUUGACAGUUGGAGAGGCCGUUGCAGGAUGCAAAUACAUGCUUCAAACAUGCAAAUCCAACCCUGUGAUAGUAGCAGAGACACGGAACCUCACCUGAGCUCUCCUAUUGUCUACUAAUCAAGUAGAGUUUCAUUAACUAAAGUAUGCCAUAUGGGUGUAUCAAAUGCAAUUAUAAAAGAGAUAUCAACAUAUUGGACUCGUUGAAUCAACAAAAGAUUGAUUUUCAUUAA